AUUUUAGCCUUUCAUUUACUUCAAUUACUUCAUUUACUUAGUCAAAAGUUACAUUUAGUGUGUAACACCACAACACCAAACCUGUACAUGUGAAUUACAGUGGGGUAAGCAUACAGGAAGUUCAAAGACACAGGCCAUAAUACAUUUGAAUGUGUUUCUUCCCUUCAGUUUAACCUCAAACUGACUACUUCAAAAAGGCAAGAAUUAAGGUUACAUUAGUUCUGUCAUUCUAAACUCUAUUUCUGUGUUCUGCACUUGUGGUAUUGAUAAAAAAUAUAAUAAAUAAAUAAAUAAUAAUAAUUAUUAUUUGGGACAAAUUUCCAGAUAUCCAAAGUACUAAGAUAUGGAUCUCUUUUUAAGUUGCACUUUAUUUUACAUUAUAUGUACUUGCAAUGUAAUUAACUAAAAAACGACAUGGUUAGGUUUAGAGUUAGGUUCAGGGUUAGCACCUAGCUAAUUUAAUUACCAUAACAAGUACAUAGUAUGUAGAUGGGGAAAGGACUGUCUGUAGGGAAUAAAAAAAAACUACUGAUCUUUCUAUAAUGAAUUUCAUAUCAACAUUUCAACAUAAUUAUUCAACUCCCAUUUCCCCGGAUAAUGCAACUUUAAGGAGUAUAAGAUCACUGGAAUAGAAUCACUCUUCGUUCUGGGUGGCAUCUUUUCAAGAAGAUAUUCAGAACCAACUGUCAGAUCUUCUCCAAGAUGUUGUUUGUGUUCUUUGAGGAAAUCUUUGUUUUUGCUCUCUCGUUCAACACAAACAAAUAAAAUGAUAACUGACCUCACAUAGACAGGACAAUGGCUUGCCUAAUCUAGGAGCUACAUCCUCCACCACCCUGAUUUUUUUUCCACAAGUUCAGACACCAAACCAUAGCAGGAUACCAUCACUUUGACCAGAACAUUUUUGGUUUUGGUUUCAUCAGCUCUGUGUAGUUGUAGACACCACCUCUGGGUGUAGAAUUUUUCUUCAACUAUUCUACUUUGUGAAUGAUCUUUAGCACUUGCCUGUUCUGCAACUCCGGCUAUUAAUUCACCUUUGCACUCCUGUAAGUCCACAAUUUCAGCACGAAAAGCACACAGAAAGAUGCUUCCUGAAGAGAUUCCUCUGCUUCUGCUUGUUCUUUUUGCGGGCUCCUGCAUGAGUUCAAAAGAAGUCCUAAUUAAUGUGCCUGAAAGAACAGAAACUACUUAUGAAGGGUCAUCUGUGACCAUCCCCUGUUCUUACAAAAAACCAGUGGACACAAAAUAUACACUGCUGUGGUUUAAAGAUGCAAUUUUUAUAAAACACCAGACGUUUGACGGGACUAUUGUAUACAGUAACACAGAAGAACGUCCCCAGUCUCUGCAUUACUCCAGCAGAGUGGAAUACAUCACUGAUGCAACACCAGAAAAAAAAAAAGGAGACUGGAUAAAAUGUGAUUUAAGAAUCACCGAUCUGCGAAAGACAGACAGUGGGAAGUACACAUUUCGAUUGAUUUCAGACACAAGGUUCAUGAGUAAAGCUCUGUCUCUCAAAGUUAAAGACAAUCCUUGUAAGGUGCACAUUGAACCAUCAGAGGUGAAGAAUCCAGUCCGUGAGUCAGAAGAAUUCACUGUUCGCUGUUCCACGCUUGGUUCCUGUGAUCUUAAUCCUGAGUGGCUCGUUCAUACAUCAGGACAAAAGCAAGAAUGGACGUCCUCCUCGUCGACUGAUAUGAUUAUAGAGACUGAAGAAGAUAAAGAAGGCAGAAAGAUCACCAAUUUGAAGCUCAGUGUGACAUGGAAGGAUGACAGAAGGAUUCUGUCUUGUCGUCGAGCGAAGAGUGAGGACAGCUGCCAGAUCAGGAAUAUCACACUGUCUGUGGAAUAUGCACCUAAAGAGGUAAAAGCAACAGUGAGCUCUGAGGAUGUGAAGGAGGGAGAUUCUGUAACUCUCUCCUGCACCAGCAGAGGUCAGCCUGAUGUCAGCUUCUCAUGGUUCAAAAAAGAGACAACAGAAAAGUCUCAACAAAUGUCUGACUUGAAACUAAAUAAUGUGAAACCAGAAGACAGUGGAGAAUAUUACUGUGAAGCUGAAAACAAGCAUGGGACACAGGAAUCAAAUAUCAUUCAAAUUGAUGUGAAGUAUGGUCCAGAGGGUGUCAAAGUGCAACCUGUUAACAUUAAAGAUCUCAAAGAGGGAGAUGAACUGACACUCAAGUGUUUAGUCGAGAGAGGUAACCCAGCAGUCUAUCAGUUCAUGUGGUACAAAAAUUCCCAAAACCAGAGUGAAACCAGCGAGACAUUCAUCAUCAGUAAAGUUACUGAAGAGGACAGAGGAUCUUACCAAUGCCAGGCUGAUAACGGGAUCAGAACAGAAAUAUCAAAUAACUUCACAGUAUCUGUAAAGUAUUCACCGAGAAGCAUCAAAAUAGAGGGCUCGACCUCUGUAAAAGUGGGCACUUCACUGACUUUGACAUGCUCAGCUGAUGCUGAGCCUCAGCCACACACAUACAAAUGGAAGCACACACCUGGACUGUCUCCUGUCCCAUUAUCAAUGGAAACUGGACAGUUAAACAUCGAGAAAGUGACCAUUCAACAUGCAGGACAGUACACAUGUGAUAUUACCAACACUAUGGGCACAGGAUCACACGCUGUUAAAGUCGAUGUCCUUUAUCCUCCAUCUAAUCUCAGUUUGAUCAUGCAGAGGGAAGCGAGAGAGUUUGAAGUGAUCUCCAUUAUCUGCACGGUUCAAAGCAAUCCUGUGUCACACCUGACAGUGACAGGACCUCGGGGGAAUCUGACAUAUAUUCAGAACAAUCAAAGGAAAAGCACUGCAUCUGCAUCAAACAAUGUGACAGUCUACUUGAAUGUUACCGAGUCAGAUGCAGGAGUCUAUAAGUGCAACGCAGAAAGUCAAGAGGGAAAACAAGAAACUAAACAAAAGCUAAUUGUGUUUCAUGCACCCAAAAAUGUGACUGUAAGUGUUAAAGGAGAACAAAGAUUUGGGAGUGAGCUGACCCUUACAUGUGAGGCUCACGCCGAUCCUGCUCCAUCCUCAUACGAGUGGAAGAAAGACUUCAAUGGACAGUUAAAGACAAUUGAACAGAAACAUGAACAGAGACUACACUUUCUUUCUCUGGAAAUCUCUGACUCUGGUCAGUACGCCUGUAUUGCUCAAAACUCCAUUGGAAAAACAGAAUCUCCAUUAGUAGAGAUGAGUGUGAAAUAUCCUCCAUCUAAUCUCAGUUUGAUCAUGCAGAGGGAAGUGAGAGAGUUUGAAGUGAUCUCCAUUAUCUGCACGGUUCAAAGCAAUCCUGUGUCACACCUGACAGUGACAGGACCUCGGGGGAAUCUGACAUAUAUUCAGAACAAUCAAAGGAAAAGCACUGCAUCUGCAUCAAACAAUGUGACAGUCUACUUGAAUGUUACCGAGUCAGAUGCAGGAGUGCAUAAGUGCAACGCAGAAAGUCAAGAGGGAAAACAAGAAACUAAACAAAAUCUAAUUGUGUUUCAUGCACCCAAAAAUGUGACUGUAAGUGUUAAAGGAGAACAAAGAUUUGGGAGUGAGCUGACCCUUACAUGUGAGGCUCACGCCGAUCCUGCUCCAUCCUCAUACGAGUGGAAGAAAGACUUCAAUGGACAGUUAAAGACAAUUGAACAGAAACCUGAACAGAGACUACACUUUCUUUCUCUGGAAAUCUCUGACUCUGGUCAGUACGCCUGUAUUGCUCAAAACUCCAUUGGAAAAACAGAAUCUCCAUUAGUAGAGAUGAGUGUGAAAUAUCCUCCAUCUAAUCUCAGUUUGAUCAUGCAGAGGGAAGCGAGAGAGUUUGAAGUGAUCUCCAUUAUCUGCACGGUUCAAAGCAAUCCUGUGUCACACCUGACAGUGACAGGACCUCGGGGGAAUCUGACAUAUAUUCAGAACAAUCAAAGGAAAAGCACUGCAUCUGCAUCAAACAAUGUGACAGUCUACUUGAAUGUUACCGAGUCAGAUGCAGGAGUCUAUAAGUGCAACGCAGAAAGUCAAGAGGGAAAACAAGAAACUAAACAAAAGCUAAUUGUGUUUCAUGCACCCAAAAAUGUGACUGUAAGUGUUAAAGGAGAACAAACAUUUGGGAGUGAGCUGACCCUUACAUGUGAGGCUCACGCCGAUCCUGCUCCAUCCUCAUACGAGUGGAAGAAAGACUUCUAUGGCCAGUUAAAGACAAUUGAACAGAAACCUGAACAGAGACUACACUUUCUUUCUCUGGAAAUCUCUGACUCUGGUCAGUACGCCUGUAUUGCUCAAAACUCCAUUGGAAAAAUACUAUCUCCAUUAGUAGAGAUGAAUGUGAAAUAUCCUCCAUCUAAUCUCAGUUUGAUCAUGCAGAGGGAAGCGAGAGAGUUUGAAGUGAUCUCCAUUAUCUGCACGGUUCAAAGCAAUCCUGUGUCACACCUGACAGUGACAGGACCUCGGGGGAAUCUGACAUAUAUUCAGAACAAUCAAGGAAAAAGCACUGCAUCUGCAUCAAACAAUGUGACAGUCUACUUGAAUGUUACCGAGUCAGAUGCAGGAGUCUAUAAGUGCAACGCAGAAAGUCAAGAGGGAAAACAAGAAACUAAACAAAAGCUAAUUGUGUUUCAUGCACCCAAAAAUGUGACUGUAAGUGUUAAAGGAGAACAAACAUGUGGGAGUGAGCUGACCCUUACAUGUGAGGCUCACGCCGAUCCUGCUCCAUCCUCAUACGAGUGGAAGAAAGACUUCAAUGGCCAUUUAAAGACAAUUGAACAGAAACAUGAACAGAGACUACACUUUCUUUCUCUGGAAAUCUCUGACUCUGGUCAGUAUGCCUGUAUUGCUCAAAACUCCAUUGGAAAAACACUAUCUCCAUUAGUAGAGAUCAAGGUGAAACAUGUUCCAAUCAUAAAAAUUGUCCAUAACAUGACAACAUUAACUCAGUGGAAUUGGGAGUUUCCAGUCUCUCUGACCUGCAGUGCAGAUGCACAUCCUCCUGCCAAGGUCUACAACUGGUACAGAGAGGAGGACAACGUGACCGUACUGUCAGAACAUCAGAACUUCACUGUUCAGCCUCAGAACCCAGGAAUAUAUUACUGUACAGCAGCCAAUGCUAUCGGAGAAUCACGAUCCGAAAACAUCAUGUUAUUUAUUGGCAGUAACUCUCUUAUGGUGUGCUACCAGAUUACCUUACCCAUCAUCCUCCUGUUGAUUCUUAUUGUUGUGGCCCUCUUUCUGAUACGCAGGACUAUCAUCAAGGCAAGAUCAUAUCAGCAAAGUGGAACAGAUAAUCCUUUGUGCUUUUUUCCAGUAUUCCUGUCACGCUCUUCUACAAUGACAAACUUACUUUUAUUGGGAUCACGUAAUGAUACCCAGGAGAAUCUGUCAGUGGAGGGCAUUCCUGAUUCAGGUUAUGGAAGAGUUAAUCAAUCACGUCCAAUACCCAAUUCCCAAGAUCCCACUCGAGCACAGGAUCCUGAUCCAAGGCCGAAAUCUAAUAUCCACACGGUGUAUGCUGCUAUUAAAUUACCUCAAAUGAAACAGAGAAAACAGUCCCCACAACAACAAAAAACUGGAUGUAUGGACAAUGGCACUGCUACAUCUACCCUAAAUUAUGUCACUUUUGAUUUCAAGGGGCAAACUGAGCCAGAAAAAAGAGUACCUGAAGGUUCAGCAGUCUACGCAAUGGUGUCCAAAAAUAAGCAGAAAAUGAAUUUCCAGUCAGAAAAUCCAGAUUAUGAAAAUGUUUCUUCUGCAUGUGUGCAAAAUCCUCCAUUCCCAAAUAUGGAUGGUGAAUCUGAUACCAGUGAAGAAGAUGAAGUGAAUUACUCCACUGUGUCUUGUUCUGCCAAGUCUGCUGUUAAAGAACCCAGACAUAAGCAGAAGAGUUCAAGCUCAAGCAGUUCAAGCUCUGAUGACGAGGACAGAACUGAAUAUUCCACCAUUAAAACAUAAACACAAGGAGUUUCCAAUUUAAGAUUAAAACUAAGUAUUAUAUCCUUAAUUUUUAUAGUUAUAAUAUUAGUCAAUAUAAUGUUGUUUGAAAGUGUUGUUUUUAUUUUUACAGUGAGUUGCUGUUUCAUUAAUAUACUAGUGAUAAAAUAAUAGUAAUCAUUCUUUAGAAAUACUUUUUCAUUAUGCAUCAAUGAAUCAUAUAUUUGUGUGAUAAAUUCUUGAGUGGAAAAAAAAGCCUGAAAAUGUAGUUUAGCUACAUUGUGUGUAAUGCAGCAACAUUGCUUUGUAUUUUAAACAUUUGCAUUCUGUACUGCUGAACUGCCAAGCUGAGAACAUUUAACUGCUUGCAUAAAACUGAAUAACUGUUCACAAAUAAAAUAAUUUUAUAUGAAACUUUAA